AGAUCGGGGGCAGGGUGGUGAAGGCAGAGAAUAAAAGCUGAUCACAACAGCAGCUACUUAACGAUCAGAAAAUCAGGCAAGAAGCAAGUACCUGCAAGUAUAUAAUCUACUUCCUGUCAGGAAAGACGACAAUGGCAGACUUAGUGAAAGCCACCAAAUCUAUUUCCGAGGCUCAGGAUUACAGAGAUGACACCAAACUGAUAAUGCAGCCAUAUGCUAACUGGGAGGAGUACUUGGUACCUGCCCCAGUCUCUAUAGCCAUUUUGGGAGAGCUGGUAUUUUUUUCUUCCAAUGUAGAUUUCUCCAUUGGCCAAAAGCCUCCUACUGGUGGCUUUAAGUUCAUCAAGUACCCAGACUCAUUCCGAGCCUGUCUUAUGCAAGUGGCUAAUUCCAUGUCGGCAGCAUUCAGUGAAGCUCACAAAAACAUGGAGCAGAUCCGUCUCCUCAUUGGCAAUAAGACAGCUUUCAUCAAGGUAUCAAUGAAAGUAUUACUACAGGACAAUGAUGAGCUGGUCCAAACCCUCCUCCCUGACCAUCAGGAGAUUAUAGCUACUAUACUGCACAAAUGUGCAGAAUUGGCUGAUCAAUCAGAGAAAAAGUUUCAUUUUGUUAUUAAUCUGAUUGAAGAUCUUUUGUUAGCAUGUUUAGAUGCAAUGAAGGUAUAUGGUGGUGAUUUGGAAAAAGCUGAAUCUAAAACUGAAGUAAAAGAGAUUGACUUCAACACCAUCAUAAAGGUGCUGGUUAAGGGUCUAGAUGCCAUGGGAAGAGUGAAAGAGCAGUGGGAGAAGAUGGUACGCUUCUUUCAGAUGAUCUCAAACAUCAUUAAGACCUGCCUUAGUAGAUCUCUGACUGAUUUUGUCAAACAGUCUCAGAAGGCAUCUCAGAAACAUCUGUCAUAUAACCAGAAAGUCAUGAUCUACCAGCAGGCCAUGUACUCAUUGAAUGUAGCCAGCAUGGUUAACAUGAUCUCAGGGACCUACGUUGAGGUGUCUGACAAACACCUGAUGGACAUGGUCAGCAGUCUGGGCGUACUCAUGGUUCUGGAUCCCAGCAAAUCAUAUUUUAACACUGAACACAGGGAAUUACAAGAUGCCUGCAAAGAAGCUCAAGAAGCAAUAAGAGAUCUUGUGAAGAAGAACAACAAGAAAUUUGAUGAGAUGACAAAAGAGAGAAUGGAGAAUAUCGAAAGGGAGCUAAAGCCAAUGUUACCCCCAGUGUCUGAGGAGAAAAUGAAAGAGAUCAAAGAAAUAACAGAAUCUGCAUUUAAAGAAAUGAGUCAGGAGGAUGAGGAUCAUUUUGCAUGAAGAUUCUUUUAAAGCAUGAAUAACUCAAAAAUAGCUAUAGAACACAUACAUUUGAAUAACAUACACACACAGAUGCACACACACCAACACAUAAUAUUAGCACUUGAAAAUGUACGUUGCCUCUUGUUUUGCUUCAUUGGAAACUCUUAAUCGAUAGCUUUUGCGUUAUGUAGGUAACAUUCUGUUUUGCUGCUUCUAAGUUUAUCGCUCUGCAAAGUAUUACAAGUAAAUCUCUAGGGAUUUAAACUGUCAACAUAGUUCGUAAAAGGAAACAGAUUUUACAAUAACAUGUGGAGAAAAUCUUUUUCUAGUUAAAUUGGCAGGAUUGAAGACACGCUGAGUCUGUGACACCAAGCAAGAUCAACACAGAUUCUGAAGUCCAGGUGUGGAGAUUCACUUACAGGAGAGACCUGGAGUCAGACUGACCUCACCAUCAAAGGUCAAGAAAGAUGAAGAAGACGACAAACCAGGGGUCUCACCAAAGAUCACGUCCAUCUCACAGCUCUGGGUCGUGUUUGUUUGCAUGUUUGCCCACUUUGUCAGGUUCGAGCUCUGCAGAGACACGCAGCUGUGGGUCAAACAUAGCAGCAGGUCUGAGGGAGCAGGAAAAAGUAGCAGAGUAAUGAGGAUGGUAAAGCAACAGGAAAUCAGCCAUUUGUUAGCCAAAGGGUCUCAACUGCCCUAAACUCCAAGGCGGUACUGCCAGAAAGCCAACACUGUUUAUGGGGAAAGGAGAAAUAAAUCCUUUGAUUCAAAUGCUGAAUUGGAAA